AUGACUUCAUAUGCGGUCAAUGAAUCUGGAGCACCUUUGCCCCAAGCAAAAACUCUUCUCGUACAUAUUGUUGACCACAUGGCUAAAACAAAGCCGCAGGCUUUAUACGCCGAGUUCCCCAUUUCUUCAGUGACUUAUGACGAAGGUUUUCGUAAAGUCACUUAUAAGGACUUUGCCAAUGCUAUCAACGGGAUUGCAUGGUGCUUGCAUGAUAAUCUUGGGGUGGGAAGAGAACUCGAAACUCUAGCGUACAUUGGUCCCAACAACUUCAUCUACCCAUCGCUCAUCUUAGGAGCUACUAAAGCCGGCUACAAGGUACUCCUUUUAUCACCACGAAAUAGCGUCGCCGCUCAACUUGAACUCAUAAGGACUACGAAAUGUAGAACUUUCAUUACUGCUGGCCGAUCAUUGCCAUCCGUGGCGGCCAUUCUAGCCACUGCCGGCUCAGCACUGCAAACUUUAGAGAUUCCGACGAUUGAAAAUCUUUUGACCACUCCCUCAAAACAUUACCCAUAUGAUAAGAGCUUCGAUGAUGUAUGCGAUGAGCCCUUGGUCGUCAUGCAUACUUCGGGGUCGACUGGAUUUCCUAAACCCAUCAGUUGGACGCAUGGUUUCUGUGCAGCCUAUGCAACGUCAUUAUCGUUGAGCCCUCCUUUAGGGUUUGAAAGUGUAGAUGCAAAGUAUGAGGGAAAUCGAAUAUUCGUCAUGUUUCCUCCUUUUCAUGCCGCAUAUAUUGCGCAUGUACUCGUUAAUGGAAUAUCAUUCCAAAGUUCCGUAAUCCUCCCAUUGCAGGCUGCAAUACCUUCAGCACAGUCCCUGUCCGGCGCGCUGAAGAACAACAAGAUUGAUGCGGCUUUUGUUGCACCCUCAAUUUUGGAGGAAAUGAGCAAAUCACCAGAGAUUUUAGAUCACAUUUCUGCCAAUCUUGACACUGUAGUCCUUCCUUUGGUUCGUUUGGUCGAGGACAUUACAAGCGAAGACUGGAAAUAUCUUCACAUACAUCCCGAAGCGGGUGUAGAAUUUCGUCCCUACAAAGACGCAGUAUACGAACUUUUCAUCGUUCGCGAAAGAAACUUGGAGAACCAUCAGCCCAUCUUCAAGACAUUCCCUGAUCUCCAAGAAUAUCAGACUCGUGAUUUGUUUGUUGCUCACCCCUCAAAACCGAACCGCUGGAGUCAUUAUGGAAGAUCUGAUGAUAUUAUUGUCCUCGUAAACGGAGAAAAAACAUAUCCUGUUCCUACCGAGCAACAUAUUUUAUCUAGUCACCGUGAGAUAAGUGGGGUGAUAGUAGCCGGCUCACAACGCUUUCAAACCGCGCUUUUAUUAGAAGUCACGAGUAAAGAGGAAUUAACGCCUGCGCGUAAACUUAGUCUAGUAGAGACUAUCUGGCCUUCGAUCGAAGAAGCAAACGAAGUAUGCCCAGCGCAUGCACGAGUAGCCAGAUCUCACAUUCUUUUCGUUCCCUCGGAACGUCCUAUGAUUAGAACGCCCAAAGGGACCAUUAUGAGAGCAGCUAGUCUGGCGCAGUACGAAGGAGAGCUUGGUGCACUCUAUGAAACUGCUGACCAAGCUUCAAUCGAGUCCAGCACAACUUCGAUUCCAUUGGUGGAUCCUCAUAACUUCGGGAGUUUGAUCUCGUAUCUGAAACAUACUAGCUCGACGCUUACAGGCUUGACAUUUGACGACGAAGACAAUUUUUUCAUAAAUGGUAUGGAUUCCUUGCAAGCUUUACUGUUCAUACGAAAUUUGAAGCGGGUUCUCAAUCUUCCACAAUUGGUCGUCAAUGACAUCUAUUCAAACUCAUCGCUCACUUCACUUGCCCGAGUUUUGCAACGUGCCUUAAAACAUGAACAGAAUGUGAGCCCGUCGUUACUCGCUGAGGAGACACGUGUGAAGAGUAUUGAAGGUUUACUUGCGGAGUAUUUCAGCUUAAUCGAUUGUAUCUCCCCUCUAAAAUACAGUCCGGUUUCAUUGCCGGUAAUCAAGCGUGGAAGCAUCCUUCUCACAGGCUCAACAGGGGGGCUAGGUUGUUAUAUCUUGCAAAAUCUCUUGACUACAGAUAAUACUGAGCAUGUUUACUGCCUCAAUCGAUCCGCUGAUAGUAGAUCUUUGCAGACUGAAAGGAACAAGAGUCGAGACUUGAUUACACGAUUUCCUGAAGACCGCGUCACAUUUCUUUCUGCUGAUCUUUCAAAGCCUAAACUAGGGCUCGAGGAUGAAGUCUACAAUGCUCUUCUGAAAAGUGUUACGCGAAUCAUCCACAAUUCUUGGCCAGUCAAUUUUCAUAUGAACCUAUCAUCAUAUCAUCCACAUCUUCUGGGAGUUGUCAACUUGGCUAAGUUUGCUAGCGAAGCUUCGAUGUUGCCCACGUUUUUGUACGUUUCAUCAGUCAGUGCAGUAUCUAAUUUUGCCUCUGUCAGUGGCUCAAUCAGCAAAAUCCCAGAAAAAGUUAUCUAUGAAGUUGCAGCGUCGGAGUCUAUGGGAUAUGGUGAAAGCAAAUACCUUUCGGAACGAAUCCUCGACUAUGCUAGCAAAAGGAUUCAACUCCAAGUUAAUAUUGCACGUGUUGGUCAGAUAUGUGGUCCUAUCAAGGGGCCAUCUUUGUGGAGCAGAAACGAAUGGUUUCCCAGCUUGAUGAUAUCUUCUUCUUUUAUUGGUGCGAUACCAUAUUCUUUGGGGUCGAAUUUGGAUAGGAUCGAUUGGAUACCUGUCGAUGCUCUAUCUGAAAUACUUCUCGAGCUUUGUGAAAUACCACAGCAUGGCAGAGACAUUGACGGUGCAACAGUGUUUAAUGUACUCAACCCAUACCAGGCAAAGUGGGAAGACAUUCUACCAACAGCUAUCGAAGCGCUCUCUUCGUGCAAUCCUUCUGGGGGAAAACCUGAGAAGUUAAGCCUCGAGAGCUGGGUUCGAAAGGUUGAAGAUACAGUGAAUCACCAAUCUUAUCACAGUACGGUAGAGAGCAAUGGAAAGGAAACAGGGUUUAAUCUCCUUGUGGAGUCGAAUCCAGCAAUCAAAUUAAUUCAUUUUUACAGAGCGGAAGAAGAAAGAGGGAAGGGUACAGAGUGGGAGACUGGGGAAGCGCAGGUGCAAAGCGAAACGCUCCGGAAGUUAGGGAAAAUAGAGAACAUUUGGAUGGAAAAAUGGAUCAAGGUGUGGAUCAACAAUGAUUCUGCGAAUGCGAACAAGAAUUGA